AUCUGGUUGUGUGUGUCGGCCUUGUGGAAGUAGAGGAACCCGUUGUGGACCGUGUGUCCGGAACCCUGCCAGUGGGCGGGGAGCUGCAGCUGCCUUGCUCCGGGGCUGCCGCCCUGCUCCACGAAGCUCUGCAGGGAAUCGAACUCCAGCACCGUGUCGUUCUGGACGCCGCUGAGCAGGUAGACCUGUGGGACGGAGCGCCGUGAGCGUCUCGGGCUGGACACGUCCUCCGGACGGCCGGCAGGACGAGAAUCACUGACAGGCUGACGGCCCGUCGCCACGACGACCAGCUGGGUCUGGCUUGUUGCCAUGACAACCAGGCCGGGCUGGGUCGUCAUGGAAACGGGUCCUGGUCCAGACGUCAUCAGAAAAGCUGGAGCGGAACGUCUGUCCUGUAAACUCUGACCGUAGAACGGAGAACAGGAGAACCGUCACACACCUUGCUGGAGCCUGCGGUCGGGUCUUUGAACCAGCAACCCUGAGCGUCUCCGGCCUUCUUCACGAUCUUCACAGACCUGAUCUGGUCCAGAACCGCACCGCAGUCUGCAGGACAACGGCACCGUGAGACGGAACCUCCACCCGCGCUCCGCCCGGACAGGCGGAACCUCCACCCUGACGGACGGCCCCGUACCGUGCUCCGCCCGGUCCCGGCCCCGGCCCCGGCCCCGGCCCCGGUCCCGGUCCCAGGCCCCCUGCAGCUCCAGCUCGGCGGCUCGGAUCUGCUCCUCCAGCAGCGCCGCCUCCACCUCCACCUGGCUCUGGACGGGGAACCGGUUCUCCAGAUGCUCCCCCUGCUGGCCGCCGUCUCCGUGGUUCUGCUGUCGGUUCUGCUGGUGUUCCUGCGGACGUUCUCCGGGGAGAAGAGGAAGCGGACCCUGCUGGACCCAAACGUCAAGUACCCCCUUCCUCUGAUCCACAAGCAGGAGAUCAGCCACGACACCAAGAAGCUCCGCUUCGGCCUGCCGUCAGGAGAACACGCUCUGGGCCUGCCCGUCGGUCAGCACGUGUACCUGUCGGCCCGGGUGGGCGGCAGCCUGGUGGUCCGGGCCUACACCCCCAUCUCCAGCGACCAGGACCUGGGAUACGUGGACCUGCUGGUCAAGGUGUACCACAGGAACACUCACCCGUCCUUCCCAGAGGGGGGGAAGCUGUCCCAGCACCUGGACAGCUUGUCCAUCGGGGACACGGUGGACUUCAGGGGACCCAGCGGCCUGCUGGUCUACAAAGACCACGGCCGGUUCUCCAUCCGACCCGACAAGAAGGCGGAACCGCAGGUCCGCCGGUUCCGAGAGGUCGCCAUGAUCGCCGGAGGAACAGGCAUCACUCCCAUGUUGCAGCUGAUCCGUAGAAUCACAGCAGAACCUUCUGACAGAACCAAGUGUUCCCUCAUAUUCGCCAACCAGACGGAGAAGGACAUCUUACUCCGGGAGGAACUGGAGCAGCUGGAGACGGAACAUCCGGAGAACCUGAGGGUGUGGUUCACACUGGACAGACCGGAACCCGGGUGGAGGUUCGGGUCCGGGUUCGUGACCCGGGACAUGAUGGAGCAGCGUCUUCCCGCCGCGGCGCCGGACGUCCUGGUGGUCCUCUGCGGUCCCCCGGCCAUGAUCCAGAACGCCUGCCUGCCCAACCUGGACCGGCUGGGCCACCAGCCCCACAACAUCUUCACCUACUAGAGGGGCCCAACCCGCGGCCCGGGGCCCCUGGAGGGACGGCCUCGUUUCCACAACACAUUUCCAACUGUAUCUGUUUCCACGACAACGGCGACUUUUUCCUCUGUCUCCAUGGAAACAGGAGGAAACAACUUUUCUGAAACACUGCUCCAGGCCCUGGUCCUGAUCCUGGUCCCUGUCCUGGUUUUGUUACUGAUCCCAUUCCUGGUCCUGGUUUUGUCCCUGAUCCUGAUCUCGGUCCCGUUCCUGGUCCCGGUCCUGGUUUUGUCCCCGGUCCUGGUCCAUUGUUUUCAGCGUUUCCGUGGAAACGCGCUUGAUGUUCGGAGCGCUGUGUGAAGCAGGAGAACCUCUGGGUUCGGGUUCUCUGCUAACGGGGGGGCGGUUCCAGAGUGGGCGUGUCCUGAAAAGGUUUGGUGGAUGGUGGGCGGAGUCAGGGGUUUGCA